UUUGUCUUUAUGGCGUCAAAAAAGGUAUUUGAUCGGUGUUGUAAUCCUUUUGAGUUGGAAUCUCAUUUUAAAAAAAUUGGUUUACGUCCGGCGACUGAUAUUAUGAAAGUAACGUUAGGAUUAGAUGAUAAUUAUUUAUUAUGCAGUUCAUGUCGAAAAAAGCUUCAGAGUUAGUGAAGCAACAAACAAAUGCUCGUAAUGAUCCUAGUGCUGAUGUAAGUGACCGUGAAGACAACUAUAGUGACAAUAAUGACAACAAUGAUCAGGCUGAUAAUGAUAGUAAUACAACUGCCACGGAUCUCCCAUUAUCCUUAUCAUUCCGUUCCAUGUCAUUUGAUAGCGAACCCAAAGCAUCACAAUCAAGCUCAGGAUCCCAAGUUAGCGCUGCAACUCAAUUACCCGUAAUAAACCAUGCAUUAGAAUUGUUAAAUCAAUCACCGAUUCCAUCGAAGAAAUUGAAUGAUAAUCAAUUUUUGAACAAUAAAAUAAAUCGGGUAUCCGACAGCUUGAAAAAAGUUUUGCUUUCUUCUUCAGAUGAAGAAUCGAUUGAUGACGAUGGUGAAAAUUUUCGCUCUCUAAUUAAAAUGUUGUAUGAUAAAUUCAACGAUAAAGAAACUGAUGUCUUUGAAAAUACAAAUUUUAACAUUAUUACCUGUAAAAUGGAGUGA